CCUGUUGCGAGCAGGCGAACCGGAAGUUAGCUACAAACACACACACACACACACACACGUGGAAACUAUUUUGCCAAACAGACAGCCCAAGAUGGACAUCCAAGAGGUCCCCGUUAGUCAGAACAACACAAGUAAGAAAAAGAAGAACAAGAAGCCAAAUAAUAAGCGCGUGAGUCCGGCGGCAAACGAAGGAGUCGAGACGAAGGAGGACGUCAAGAUGGAGAAGAGCGAGGAAACUGCCUUCCCCCCCGCCUUCAGUGCGUCCGAAAUCAAGAACAAACAGCGAAGACACUUCAUGUUCAUGAAAUACAAGCAGGAAAAAAGCAAGCUGAAGCUGAUGCUGAAGAAGAAGAAGAAAAAAGAACGGGCAGCUUUAGGUGACAAGGCGCCGCCGAAAGAGAUCCCGAAGACGAUAGAGAACCAGAGGGUGUACGACGAGACCACAGUGGAUCCAGAAGAUGAAGAGAUUGCAUUUGACGAGGCAACUGAUGAGUUUUCUGCCUAUUUCAACGGCUUGACAAACCCCAAAGUGCUCAUCACGACAUCAGACCGACCAAGAGGGAGGACCGUGAGGUUUUGUGAGCAGUUGGCCACAGUGGUCCCAGACGCCCAUGUGUACUACAGAAGAGGUUUGGCCCUGAAGAAGGUCAUUCCUCAGUGCGUCGCCAGAAACUUCACCUACCUGAUGGUCAUCAAUGAGGAUCGCAAAGUUCCCAAUGGUUUGGUUCUCUGUCAUCUUCCUGAUGGACCGACUGCACACUUCAAGAUCAGCAGUGUUCGAUUACGCAAGGAGAUGAAGAGACGGGGUAAAGAUCCUACUUUACACUCUCCAGAGGUUAUCCUCAACAACUUCACCACGCGUCUGGGUCACAGCAUCGGCCGCAUGUUUGCUGCCCUCUUUCCACAAGACCCUCAGUUUGUGGGUCGACAGGUCGCCACCUUCCACAACCAGAGAGACUUUGUCUUUUUCAGGUUUCACCGGUACAUUUUCAAGAAUGAGAAGAAAGUUGGUAUUCAGGAGCUGGGACCUCGCUUCACCCUCAAACUGCGCUCUCUUCAGAAAGGCACCUUUGACUCAAAGUUUGGGGAGUACGAGUGGGUCCUGAAGCGCCAUGAGAUGGAUGCCUGCAGACGAAAGUUCCAACUUUAAAUGCAAAACAACAAUCAGCAUUUGUGAUCAGGCGAGGACAUAUGAGUGGACAUCCAGAUUCUUGGUGAACGACGAGUUACAACCUGUCCUUUCAACUAAUCUUGACGACAACAUGGAUUACUGGACUUUAUCAUCACAUCGAUGUAGAUUCAAACUCCCCCUGAAAACGGCUUCUUCUCCCACGUGGGGGACACGGGCCUGUAGCUCAUCCUAAGGACUUUAUUCUGUCUGUUGGAUGUGAGAGACCAUGGAGGAGUCAGGAAGACUACAGGAACCCCACUAACCUCAAUACAAGUGUAUGUCACAGAUGUACUGGCGUGUGUGCAGUUCCUUUUAAAUGUAUCUCUAUAAACUGUAUGAAUGUGGCUCAAAAUGAAUCACGGUCAUGAUCAUAACCUGACAUGCUGCUCAAUGUUAGAAGAAGUGACUUAAUUAUGACCAUGUCUGGAAACGGUUACAUGGUUCAUAUUAUGUCUACAGUGCAGCAUAUUUGUAUUUGAUGGGAGUUUGAAAAUAAUUAUGGAUGCAACGAACACAUUUCAAAAUUGACUAAUUUUAAUAAAAUGCAUUGCUGCAGAUUUAAA